GCCGGCCUUGCUACCUUUUUUCGUAAUUUAUUGGAAUCGGAAUUCCUGCGGCAAUUUCCGUAUGCCUUGUAUAAAGUGCAAAACGUAUUGCACGACUUGCUUAUUCAGGGCGCACCAAACGAUCCCGGCACACAAACGAUGACCUGCGCAUUGCGGCUGCGCAGUGAGCCACAUAGCGUCUGCUCAACUGAGUACAACUUUCAAAAUUCGAACAUUCGUUCGUCAGUUCCACCGGUCGUUUCGUCAUGUCGUGCCGCGAUGUGACGAUGUAUAAAAACGCAGUUUUUUGUUCACUGCUUCGCUAGCAUCGUGAUACAUCAGACAGUACCGUCCGACCAGCGUCAUUAAUUUUUAUUCAAUGCAAUUGCUUUAGUUUAUGUUCAUUCAAAAACGCUGCUUCAGUGCCGUGAGGCCAACGAAAGAACAAUAAUUCAAAAAACAAGUCAAACUAAAAAGUAUAAACAUUCAAAAUGAGCCGGACGUUGAGUUUGAUCAUUUUAUUUUUUGGCAUUCUUUACGCCACUGCCCACAAUCUCGAUGGAAACGGUACUGAAUGUGAUGAAAUCAACUCGAGAAACGGUCAGAACUUAAUACUGACCCAGCUAACGGUAGAACCAGAGAAGGAUACGAGAAAAACAAUGACAGAUGCACGUAGUCAAGGUGAAGAAGUAAGCCAGGGGAGAACUUUUGCUAUCAAAAGAUUGCAAUUCAUGUUGCUCCCUGUUAUGUAUAAGAUGGGAGUGAUGACGACUCUUCUAACGGUACUCCUAAUCGUAUCUUUGAAAAGCUUGCUAAUCGGGGUUAUCCUGCUGGUCCUUAAGGUGAGCAGUUUCUUGGCAAAAUUCCAUCAGCCGCAUGCGGAACCGCAUCAUCAAAUGCCUUGGUACAUGCCUCCACAGCCGUGGAUGCAACCACAACCGAUCCACGUACACGUAUCGCCUAGCGGCGACGGCGGUCAUCACAGUCAUCCUACACACGAUCAAGUUUACUCUGGUUGGGAUCGAUCGCCGCCCACGGGCCCAUACGGGCCCUCAAUACCGGUAGAUUACGGUCAAUAUUACUUCAAGGGCUAAUCAGUCGCGACCCCAUGAGAAAAAACGUCUGCAGCUUCAUGUCGUACACCUUUGAUUGACGGAACAGGUUUUUUUUCUCCCGUAAGAUGAGUGAAAAAUUCUAUGGAAUUCAUUUGAAAUACCGUUAAACCAUUCCUUUCUCAUGCUUGCUUAGUAUUUAAGUAUGGUAUUUCCGACUUUACAUUGCUCUAGUUUUUUCGAAUGGUCAAACGAUUUGGAAUUGUUAUUUGAUGCGUAUGUACCUUAGGAUAAACCCGAUUUUGAUUCGAUCACUCAAGUCAUCCGGUGAGCAUCCCAAGGAAUAUUGUGUACAUAGUUAGAUAUAUCCGAAAAACGAAAAAAAGAAACAAAUUGCUACCAAACCAAAACAAUAGUGAUGAUAUCUAAAGCUUUUAA